GAACACUGGAUGUGUAUUAAAAUAAAUAAAUAAAAAAGGCCUUGAAAUGUUUGUAAAUUUAUUUUAGAAUUUUCAAACAGUUCUCAACAUUUUGUACGCCAAGGGAAAUAUUCAAAAUUAUAUAUUGUAUAACAUGGUCAAUGAGUGGGAUCAACCUUUGCCAUCCUCUUCAGAGGAAGAUGACCCGACUGAUGACCAGACAUUUGAAGAACAUCGUUAUAAUGAAAAUAUGAAUAAAUUAAAAUCCUAUGUCGAUAGAAUGUCUUAUAUGCCAGUUAAAGCACCCAACGCAAGUCCAUAUACGGAGAAUUUGGCCAGACCAAAGAAGACGAAUAUCAUCCAAACAGCUGAGGAGUUUGCAAAUGUUGUUGAGCCCCCUGAACGAGGCCAACGUUUAAAACAUUUAGCUGACAAAUUUUGUACAAUUACUACGGAGGAAUUGGAAAAAUGCAUACGCCAACAGAAAGCCAAAGAUACACAAAGGGGCGACAUACAAAAAAGGAAACAAGAAAUAUACUAUAACAUGCUAAGCAAAUUGGAGCGUCAAUCUCGCUUGCAAUACUUAAAUGUUGUUGUCAACAAGUUUGGCGAUUUUAUUGCAAAAUUGGCAACUACAAUGCGUAUUCCAGCCACACUUGUGGAUCCAUAUGCUCGCAUGCAGCGUGGCAUAUUCUGUAACAUUUUAUUGGCCCUUGGAGUCCAACCGAGUAGUCAAGCUGCAAUUUACUAUAACACCAGCGAGGGCAAUGAAUAUGAAGUUUACCACAGGCUGUCACAUGCUCUGCUCAGCUUAAUAAUAAAAGCCUUGGACUCGGCUUCAACUCGUCGAGCCGACUAUAGUCAGCCCAUAAAAGUCGAUUUUGACGUGGACAAUUAUAUAAAAGAGCGUUUAAUGUGUGCUGCUGAGAAGAAAAUUCAAGCAGAAAUUACCAAAGAAACGGAAAAGUCGGUAGAUGAAAAAUUACGAAAUUUAAGAACUACUGUAUACAGUAGAUGUCAAAAUGUCACAUAUAGUCCAUGUAAAUAGUAAAAACUGAAUGAGCCCCAUAAUAAAAUUCCUCAAUUCCGUUCCUUAACUUUAUGCCGUACAAAUAAAUCUCAGAUUUCUUGAGAAAACUAAACAUAA